GCUCAGUCCAAGGCCAACGCCGGUACGGGACGUGAAAACGACCACAGCCACUGCUUUUCUUUUGUUGUCGCCUUCCAGCCAGCAGAAACAAAGCAGUGGUGGUGGUCAUACUCGUUAAGCUUGGCACCAGGGAAAUGACCACAACCACUGCCUCUUCUUCCGCCGGCUGGAAGGCGGCGCAAGCAAGAAGCAGUGGUUGUGGUCAUCAUCUUCCCGUCCCGCAUCCGGCGCAGCAGCCCCCCACUGGGGCCUAUAAUCCUCCUCGAUCUUUCCGGCGAAGACCUCCCGGUAGCUGCCUCCUACAGGCAGAGGCGGGCGACGCGCCGCCCGGCCCUGGCGCGCUGCCCCGCCUCGCCGCGGCCGCCGAGCCCGACGGCCGCGGGCCCCGGCGGGGCGCGCCAGAGCUCCGCCCGUCGCUCGACAGCGCCGCGUCGACGGGUCUGCCAGAGUCCCCCUCCAUCACUGCUCCGUCGGCGAAGGCGCUCCACACUCACGAGGUCUCUCCGACCACGUCGCCGAGGCUGCCGCCAGGCCUCCCGCAUCAGUGCGGCAGCCCCUCCGGCCUCCGCGGGGCGCUCGCGGGGGCGGGCCGCCGCGCGGGCGGCCUGGCGGCCGGGCCCGCGCGGCGCAAGGCGGACAGCAUGCCGCACUUGCGCGGCGGCCCUGCGGGGAGAGGCGUGAUGACGUUCGAGAUCCUGCACCUCAGGGAGAAGGUGGCCUCGAUCUACGAGCCGACGGAUUCGUGCGACCUGCGCCGCCGGGGCUCCAAGACCCUGCUCCUCCCCUCCGAGGCGCCCGGUGCGCACACGGGCGCGUCUCCCGACUGCUUGUCCCCCAAGCGCAGGGCCCGGAGCAUGAUGAUCUGUGGGGCGACGGGGGGCUGCCGGGCGUGCGGGUCCCAGCAGAGGCGCGUGGGGUUCUCACCUCCUCUGCUUAACAGCGCCCACGAAGUGACGCCGUACGCAAGCCAGUACGGCGUGCACCCGAGCUUCUUCGAUUUCGACAGGGGCGGCGAGAUGAGGCUGACCGACUUGGGCAUCGCCGAGAAUAUGCGGCGCAAGGAGCAGGGCUUGGAUCCACUGAUGCUAGACGGGAAAGAAGUGAUUUGAGGGGUUCCCUCACGAGUUAAGUCUUAAGAGCAGGGUUUUGAUCCAUUGAUGCUAGACGGGGAAGAGGUGAUUUGAUGGUUGAUCCAUUGAUGGAAGACGUUUUGUCAAAUUAUCGCCAUGUGGCUCACAGGUUUUAGGAUUGCGAAGCCGACGCGGAGAUCGUUUUUAGCGAGACGACUCCCAGUUUUCUUAGGACAGGCGCAGGUCAAGGGGUUUAGCCAGCUGCGACGUGUGGUUUGCAGAGAUUCGCCGUCUGCCCGCCCACGACGUGGCUACCUUUCUAUAGGCCUGCGUGGUCCUUGGUCCGUGUGCUCUGCUGUCAGCGUUGCUGUCUCAGAGCUCCGUCUCCCGCACCAUCAUUCUGCAGUGCGUGCGCACGGGAUUGGGCACGCAUCUGGGGUUCUGCGUGCUUGUGCUGCGCGGAGCGCCCUGAUGAGAGGACGGUGCGGACUGGUGUCGGGUUUGAAGAGGGGCACGGGGGAUCUCUCAGUCGCUCGCUCCCGCUGCAGGAGUUCCCGUGCGAGUUGGCUGCGACUCUUGUUGCCCGAGCUGGGGUUCUUCGGCCCAGGUGUUCGGCGGUAAGAUGUCCCAGGCCCUGGCCCCGCCCUCCCGCCCUGUGCUCAGCCCCGCCGCAACCGCACCGAGGCUGCUCGCGAACCGACCGCCGGGCUGGCUCCGGUCCCCUCCACCGCUCUGCUUCUGGGCGGCGCUGCUCAGCCUCUCAUCGAGCUUGGGCCCCGGGCGACAGCUGGAUACCUUCUUCCGCUGAUGCCCCUGGCUCGCGGACCCUCGUGGCCAGCGAUGUACAGGUCGGCUUGUGCGGUGUUUCCAGCUUUCGUGGCGCUCCCCCCCCGUUUCCCGCGUCUUUUCCGUCCGGCGCGCCGUGGUGGUGUUCGACGGCCAUUGCAGACGUGUGCAAUGUGAUCUAGUCGAUGGCCGACGAACGGGCGCGCUGUGGUGGCUUUCGACGGCCAUUGCAGAUGUGUGUAAAGCAAGUCGAUGGCCGACGAACGACGUCCCUUGUGCAAACGAGGCAAGUUGUACCGUUGGGGUUGAGGCCAACUCAGCUCAUGCGUGCUAUGCGAUCCUAGUGCUGCGAGCGCUGCCCACAGUGCAUGUGGAGUUUUUUUUGUUGUGAAUCAGCCUCCAGGAGCACGGCUCCACUUCCGCGUAUGUUGAUCCAGGUGGCCUUCGCUUUACUUGUGGUCUGGAAGGCAAACUUUUGGUCUGGAGGCCCAUGGCUUAGUCCUAUAAGACCACCUGGGCGGUGAUUGAGCGGUUCGGGUGGGGCCGGAUCUGCACAUGUUUGACCUGCCUCAGAUCCACAUCGUCUUCACAUUGUCCCCCCCGGGUCAUGGAUGCGGAGCGUCGUUUGUCCAGUUCCAGCCGCGAGUGCGGGCAGUCGUCGUUUGUUCGCCCACCCGCGCAGUUUCGCCGCUCCCGCACAGAAGGGGGCUCCGCCGCUCCCGCACGCACGCCAGCCAGCGUGGAGCCCUCGUCCCGUUUUUCACGCAUCUUCGGCCGCGGGGCGCUGCGCCGGGGGGUGCUGCUGCUUCUGCCUUGGGCCUGCUGCUCGCGGGCCUGCGCGCCCAGCCCCAGAGAGUGCCUGGGCUCGCCUGGCGUACGAGGCCCUGGCCAUGUAGUUGUAGCCCGGCCGUCUUGGCGGCAGCCGCCUCCCGGCGUUCCUAGCGUUCGAGCUUGGGAUGCAGGCUCGCCAGGACGAAGAGUAGUUAGAGUACGGCUUGAGCAGCUGAUACCACAGGCUCGCCAGCACAAUCACUCGGUCUUGCCAGGCCGUCGCAGUCUCAAUGCUGCCUGCCUUCUUCUGUGCCUCUGCCUCGCCAGUGCGCGGAGUGUCCAGUUCGUGGUUCUGCCCAGAUCCGGACCCGAGUUCGGAGGCCAUGCCCUGCUCAAGCAGGAGA